AGGUGAAGUUGUACUUCAAGGUCGUUAUAUAAUAUCAGUAUAUAUAAUAGGCUUAUUGUUCGGUGUUCAUUUCUUAAGUGUUUUGUGGUGGUAGUGAGUGCCGUGAACAGUGUCGUUUUAUGGUAUUAUACAUUUUUGAGAAUUUUUGGUGUUGCAUAACAGUUUCGAUUAUGCCCUGGGGGCUGGGGACGGGCCCGGGGGGUUGGAAGUCAAGUCGAAAGUUUUAGGGUGUUGUUAGAAGUGUAUUUUAUCGUGUGAUAUAAUUUAGAAGAAUAUGUGUGUGUGUGUGUGUGUUUUUAAAUAAAAGCGAUGUCCAAGCUGGUUCAGGAAAAUCAAUAAAUUUGAUUCACUUAGGUUUGCGCACCUUACUGCGCAAGUCUAAAAUCUAGAUUUUGCUGUAUCGAUUUCGCUUUGGAGAGGCUGGGGGCUACCAGGGUCAAGUCUAGCCUGCCAUUUGUGCAUUCGCAACUGUUGCGCCGAGUAGCUACAUCCUAGCUAAUAGAUUCUCUUGUGAAAUUUAUUAGUGGUGUUAUUUCUUGUGAGCAAUAGUGCAAAUUUUCAGAUUUCUGAAAGACGAAAGAAGGAGUAAGCAUGGCUGUGGCUAUGCCAAUCCAAUUUGACGACGAGCUGGAUAAACCGGCUAUCAACAUAGGCGUGAGAACCUGUCGCCUCAACAUGAGGGGUUUGCCCAUGUCUACGACUAUGGAAGAAGCCUUCGCAGUGAAGGAGGUUUUCUCUGUUUUCGGUAAGAUGGAAGUUGAGAGCAUCUGCAACGGUUACGCUUCGCUGCUCUUUGAGACUCCUCAAGGAGCUCUGAGGGCGAUGUGCGCUUCCGGUCGCGUAUGCUACAAAGGCUAUUAUCUCACCGUCAGCGAACAAGACAUCCCCAAUAAAAACUUCGAAUACAUGAAAAACUCUAACGAUGACCUUACGGUUGACCCAACCUACGUGAAAUUCGAUGGGAAUGUGCUUCACCAGUUUUUGAGCCUCAGGAAUACCAUCUGUUUCGCCAAUAAGGAUGUCAUGGCAUUCCCUCAGAUUGCGGUUGAUCUCGAAAAUGUUAUGCGGAUGGGCUGGCCAGAUGCCCGAGCUAUUCUUUAUGGUUCCGUAAUAAUUGGCACUUCCACCGUAUCAAGCGACGCCGAUUGCUUUGUCUAUGUUCCCAAGUUCAAUUUAGUCGAAAACGAUUUCAGCGUUGGCAGAGCAAUGGAAAUUUUUGAAGACAGACUGAACAUCUUUCUGGACGUGCAAACGCUUGAUGACCAUAUACAUCCAUCAUUUAAAUUCUUCCAUAUUCCAAGUGGUAUUUACUGCAGAGUAAACUUCAAGCAUUAUCUGCACGUUUAUACCAGUCGUUUAGAAAAAUUUUUGCUGAGUCUGAAUGAAAGUUUCGUGCCCGUGGCUCUGGUUCUUAAAUAUUGGGGUCGUGUACAUGGUUUGCUGGGUCGUGAUCAUAUGUCUACCUACGGUCUUAUGAUUCUUCUCUUAUUUUAUCUUCAACAACCACCAUGCUAUAUUCCAUCGGUCCAAUAUCUGCAGUCGAAGAUGCACGCGGAGACGAUCGUUGACAAGUGGAAUGUAAAUUUCUUGGAUAAAUUUGAAAUGUUGCCGCGGCAUACGAAGCCACUCUCGAUUCCUGAUCUUUUGGGCGGGUUCUUUGCAUUCUAUUCUACCUUUAAUUUCAAGGAUUUUGUAGUGUGCCCUUAUUUGGGUCAAGCCAUCGUGAAAAAUGCUUUCAAUAACGUUGAUAACUUGAGCGACAUUUUUGAAAAAUACAAAAAUAACGUAACUUUUUUUUGCGAACCUCCACUACGCUGUAGCCCGAUGGUAAUACAAGAUACAUUUCAACACAAUUGUAAUCUCACCAGUUUACUAUCUUACGAGUACGUCCAUGAAUUUCAAGGAUAUUGCAAAUUUGCUUUCGAAGCUUACAAUGCCGGAAAGAGCAAUUUCUUCAAAGAAUUUUUGGAAACCAUUUUACUGAGAAAGCCACGAAUGCCUGAAACGAUCAAAAUAAAGAAAUUCAAAUUCAAAGAAGAUCUCUACGAAAAUUUUGAAAAUGAUGUCGAAAGUUGGAGAUUCAUCGUCUGCGAAAAUCUUGCUAUGUUACUGAAAACUAUUUGCAAAAUACAUUUCAUAAAAGUCGUUGAACGCCGUAAUAACGCCUGUUCAAAAUUUGAGACCGUUUGGAUUGGUAUUGUAAAGAAGCGAAUUUGGGAGAGACCGGCGAACACAACUUAUUCCGUAGACUUUUUACUGAAAGAAAGACUUGUGACCGAUGCUAUUUGCUGCGAUUCAAAUCUUUCCACAUCUUUAUCCUUCAACUUAACAAUGUGGUAUAUUACAGGCACUAAGUGCGUUCAUAAUGAUAUCUCCUACAUACGGGGACCCUAUACUGAUUUCAUAAAAUUUGUCAAUUUCUUUAAGCAACAAGUUUGCCAAUGGCUGUUUGUUUGCACAGGACCACGUUGUUCUGAAGGCUUUUUAUCAGUGCUCGCUAAAGUCGAUCGUUGAAAUAUUCAUUUAUUAUAUUUGCCGUUGCUCUCUCAUUUUCAUUUCAAUUUUAAUAAGUUCAGUGGCAUUUUAAUUUUUUUGUGGACUGAUUUUGUUCUAAAGUUUCAUUUUUAUUCUUCUUAUGGCUCCCAAAGAAACAGAGCAAAUGAGCCAUCCAGACCACUGUUCUCAGGGUAUUAUUUUCUUUUCGAAACAGGCUCUUUUUUUCAAUCCGAAACAAUCAGAUUUGCAGCAGAAAAGACUUUGGCUACUGAAGUGCCUGUGAGGGGUUGCAUAAACAAAUAUAGUCAAGGUCAACAUUUAAAAUUAAAAAUCUAAAAAUGGUUUAUCCGCUACCUGCCCGACUUGUUUUCCAAAGAAAUGUGUACACUUCGCCUGUAUGGAGCCUAUAGAAUAUGUGAGUCGAGUUGUUUAACUAUAGGCCAAGCGGCGACCGUCGUAAAAGGUGAGGAUCCAGAACAAGCACAAAAUUGGACUUUAUGGCCUUUUGUACAUUAGACGAAUAAUAAGCCGACCGACUGGUAUGUAACUUUUUUGUAAAUUGGAUAUUAAAGGCAGAAUUACCAUUUUGUGUCGAACGGUGAGGAGUUUCUAUUAGUAUUAGUAUGAUAUAAAAAAUUAAGUCUGGCACCCCAACUAUUGCCACAACCAUUUGCCAGAUUGCCCUCAAAAUAUUUAUUGCAAUUAAAAAUUUUCUGUAUAAGGUAUAAGGCAAAAAUAAACGUAAAACAAUUUGUUUUAAAUAAAAAUGGUCUGUCACAUCCAUUGACCAAAAUUCUGUCAGAUUACGAUUAUGACUGAUUUACAAAAUUGGACAGUUACACCGCCAGACCAUUGGUUUAUCACUUCUAUUUGUCUAAUAUCCCAAACGUAAUAAAGUCUAAUUGUGCUUGUACUGGAUCCCCACCUUUUUUGACGGUCGCCGCUUGGCCUAUUUCUUCUCUUCACUACUGUUGGGCUGCGUAAAUUGGAAGUCCUUCAUCUUUGCGCUUUCGAAUGCAUUUUUGUGCGAAUGAAGGAAUUUUCGUUCUCAAAUAAGGGUUGCUUAUUUUGUUUACAAGCAACCUUAAUUUGUUUACCGUAAAAUUAAUUUCGGUAUAAAAUGAAUCGGGCAAGCACAUCAAUACGGACAAGUACUGGUUACUUUACAUUUUCUUGUUGUCCAUGGCCGACAGCCUCAAAAAUUUAGCAAAGGGUAGACAAAUCCGAGGAAAUUCCAAUAGCAACCCUGAGUUAAAAGAAGGCGGUGUCAUUCAUCAUCUCACCACCCUUAGGUAUUGGAGAGCGCGUAAAUCUAUCAUUCCUGCGAUCCAUAUCACUCACCCAGAGUACAGGCAUCCCUCCCCUCCAGUCAUCCAUCCAUACAGGUUAGUCUCUAUUAAAAUUAACCGCCAUGUUCGGCCAGGGACACUAUUUAUAUCUGGCAACCCAACAGUUGUUAAGAGAAGGUUAGCAACUCGACAUUUUCAUAUUGUAUAGGCUCUAUACAUACGAAAAAAGGGGGAUACAAUUUUUUGGGAAGCAAGUCGGGCAGGGUUGGGGCGUCCAUUAAAUGGUUGAGGCAUUAUUUUGUGUUAAAAUACCUAAAAAUGCUUCCCAUAAUUAAUUGGUCACCCUUUAAGGGAAAAAUGAUUUUUAAUUUUUUUUUUUAAAUCCCUGUGGGGUUACCGUGACAUCUUGAAGCGGUUCCAAUCCAGUGUGUGAAAAAGCUCAAUAGAACUUAAGCUUAGCAUUUGCUACACGUACCGCGAGCUGAGCAUCUAGCCGUAACCAACUGUGGACAAAUCCGUCAUCUUCUACAUACUAAAUUAUUUUAAUUGGCGUCUGUAGAUCGGCAAGCGUCGAUCCGAGCCGUAAACUUCGCACCGAUCCGAAAACCAACGCAUUCAGAGGCAGAUUGGUCCGCGGACUUGUCACCAGCGACAAGUUCGGCAGAUGGAGACGCCAAUGAAUGUUAGCCAUUGUAGUUUUGCAUAUGCUGAUUAAGGAAAAAUACUUCGACAGCAAAACGACGUAAUUAUUUUCUGUAAGUAAAGAAAACUGUACGCGCAGCCGACAUAUUAUACUACUCCGCUAAUACGAGCAUUGUGUCUAUGAAAAAAUUAUCAUAGACAUACAUAUAAGCGCGAGUUUUGGUGGCAAAGGUCGGUGGGUUGUCAAUCAGGGAUGUACACGUACGGGUUUUAAGAAUUUAGCUAAUGGAAAAAAGCGUCGGGGAUUUUAUUUUACGUAUUCAGCGUAUACAGAAUUAUAAUUUCAAUUGAGCAUAGCAACACGCGCGGGACACUUAUACAGGGUCAUCUGAAGCCAUCAUUUUCCCAUACUGGAAUUAGUACUACUUUAAGAUCUCACGGUAACCCCCAUGAUCAUAUUUAUUUAUGCAACAGCACGGCACUCAAAUAUCAAGUUGAUUUUCUGAUUGCGAUCUGACAGAAUUUUGGUCAAUGGAUGUGACAGACCAUUUUUAUUGAAAAUUUUCACGUUUAUUUUUGUCUUAUACCUUGUAUAGAAAAUUACCAAUUGCGAUAAAUAUUUUGAGGGUCGUUUGGCAAACUGUUGUGGCAAAAAUAGGGGUGCCAGACUUAACAUUUUAUAUUCCACUGAUAAAAACUCCUCACCGUACAACACAAAGUAAUACUUUUUGAUGUCAAUUAUCCAAUAUACAGCGAUUUUCUUUUAAACAAAAGAGACGGUUUCAGACCGCCAUUCCAACUUAAAAUUUGGUUUUCUCCAAAAAGUUUUUACCAUCCUCCGUAUUAUACUUAUAUCUAUGAAUUUUUUGAUUAGCUUGAAUCCUUACCUUUAAAUCAGUGGCAAGCAGGUCCGGCCGGCAAGAUUCCGGAUCCUGUCUUAGAUUUAAGUUAUUAUUAUAUACGUAGAUGUUAUAUUCCAUAAUUUAUUAUUAGCUUAUGUGUUUAUUAAUAAAACCAUCGUCAUUUGUGCUCUAAGCUAUUGGCCUAAAUUUUCAAAUUCAUUCUUCGUGUUUACUUUUUUUAAUUUAAUUCUAGCUUUCACAUCAUUAUUGUUUUUUUAUAAUAAGCAUAUAGGUAUCUAAGCAAGUAUUUGAUGUAUAACUUUGUAGUAUUAUUGUAAUUUUGUGUCAAAAUAUUAUAUUAUGUGUCAAUUUCGAUAGCAGUUAAUCAUUAAUUUAUUUAUAUAUAAUAAGUUAAGACACAGUAGUUGUAAGUACAUUUUUUUCUGUAUGUCCAAAUUAUAAUAAUAAGUUAGAUAGAUGUAGGUUGUGUAUAAGAAUGGAUAAUUUUAUUAUUAUAUUACAGCAUUAUAUUACAACUCUGCAGAUAAUAAAUGGAUCCUAUAUUUAUUUAAUGAGGAAAUAUAUGUAUUUUUAAAAGUUACAGAACAUGUAAAUUUAAUUAUUUAUUGUAUAACAUAAUAUAUUUAUGACAGUUAAAUGAAUUAUUUUUGUCCCUAAUUCAGAUGUAUUUCGAUAUGUGUAUUUUGAUUCUUGUAUCUUAUAAGUGUAGGUAUAAAUAGGCUAAGAAUGAAUGUGGUGUAACGUUUCCGUCUAUGUAACUAUAUACUCUUUUGAAAUAAAUAAAUAUUGAUGUGC